ACCAUCAACCAUGCCAUUGAUUUCUUUUUCUUAUAAAUUUUUAUAUUUCCAACUAAGUCCUCCACAUCGUCACUAUAAAUAUAUCCAAUCUUUCUCAAGAAUCCUCCACUCCUCAAUUUCCUCUUAGUUUUCCUAUAUCUCUUCCAUAAUCUGAGGACAUUAAAUAGGUCAAAGCAUAUAUUGCUCCUUGAAAGGAAAAAAUUAUGGUGAGGUCUACAAACUUCUCACAGCAGCCAAACCAAAAAAUAAGCGUGGAAGAAUCGCAUGAUCCUCCAUUUGAAGAGACAUACAAGAAACUUUUUGACGACAUAAGAACCGGAAAGGCUUCUUCAAAAGUGAAGUACCAAAACCUGUUUGUUGUGGAAGAAUGUGAGUUACCAUUAAUAGAUCUUGAUCAACUAAAGGGAAGUGAAUUCGAGAGAGAAGAAUGCAAGACAAAGAUAGCAAAAGCUUCACAAGAAUGGGGUUUUUUCCAAGUUGUGAACCAUGGAAUCUCACAGGAUAUAUUAUGGAAAAUGAGGAAGGAACAAAUCAAACUAUUCAAGAAGCCAUUCCAUGAGAAAAUGGAUGACAAGAAACUGAAUUUCUCAGCAGGGAGUUACCGGUGGGGAACACCUUCAGCUACAUGCCUUCAACAACUUUCUUGGUCUGAAGCUUUCCACGUACCACUCACUGAUAUCUCCCAUUCAAGCCAUUUUAGCAGCCUCAGCUGUACAAUGGAACAAUUUGCAACAACGGUGUCAGAAUUAGCACAUAAAUUAGCAAGAAUUUUGUCAGAGAGAAUGGGAUAUAAGUCGAAAUAUUUCAGAGAGACAUGUUUGCCACACACUUGUUACCUUCGAAUGAAUAGAUACCCAGCAUGUCCUAUUUCACCACAAGUGUUUGGAUUAAUGCCACACACUGAUAGUGACUUCCUCACAAUAUUGCAUCAAGAUGAGAUUGGAGGGUUGCAGUUAGUAAGAGAUGGAAAAUGGAUUUCUGUUAAGCCCAAUCCUGAAGCACUUGUUAUCAACAUUGGAGAUUUGUUCCAGGCUUGGAGCAAUGGUGUUUAUAAAAGUGUUGAGCACAGGGUUGUUACAAAUAGAUCAAAAGAGAGAUUCUCAACUGCAUUUUUCUUAUGCCCUUCCUAUGAUACUGAAAUAAGAAGUUGUUUUGAGCCUUCUGUUUAUAGAAGAUUUACCUUUAGAGAAUUCAGACAACAAGUCCAAGAAGAUGUUAAGAAAUUUGGUUAUAAAGUAGGUCUUCCUAGGUUUCUUGUCUCAACUCACUAGACUCUAAUUUUUUUUUGUAGUAGCAAUUUAAAAUGCAUAUAUGCUCAUAUUUGACAACCUU